AUUGAAGAUCGUAGCUUUUGGGUUCUUCAAAUUCUACACAAAUCUCACUAUGAUUGACGAUCAGGACCUGGGUUUCAUUGCCAACUUUCUUGGUAUCUUUAUUUUUGUGUUGCUGAUUGCUUACCAUUGUGUGAUGUCAGAUUCCAAAUAUGAAGAUCUGUGA